UCCCGAUAGGCCUCGGGAGUGGAAGCCAGGUGCCUUGUGGGAGAUGUAGUUCUUCAGGCGUAGGAGAAGCGGCGCUCGGCCAGCGGGGGACUCGGUUUCCCAAAAGGCUGAGCGCGGCGCAAGAUGGAGGCAGCCAGGCCGAAGUGAGCCGCCAGUCACUGAACCGCUGAGCAGAGCCGUGCCCGGGGGCCUUUGCCACCAAGAACCUUCGUCAGCAUUCAGCCCACCUGCCCUCCAGCGUCCAGCAGGCACCUGGCAGACGGGGAGGUGUGGCGUGGCCUGAGGACACAUGGCAGAGGCAGGGGACAGCCAACACUUCCUUGACUCGGAGGUCGACGUCCUGCCUCCCGACACUGUCUCCCUCAGCGACUCGGACUCAGACCUCAGUCUGCCGGAUGGUGCUGGGGUGGAUGCCCUGUCCCCGGGGGGGCUGCCUGGGGAGGCUUCCGGGGAUUCGGGCCCCGAUGAGCCCCCCUCGCCCCCCAGGGGCCUCCCCACAGAGGCGGUGCAGCCCUUCCACCUGAGAGGCACGAGCUCCACCUUCUCCCAGCGCAGCCACAGCAUCUUCGAUGGCCUGGAGGGGGCCGCCAGGCGGGCUGUGCCCGCUGUGGCUCCAGCCAGUCCGGGGGACAGGGGGAGCUUCCGGCAGCUGCUGACACCCUCCAGCCAGCCUGCAGCGGGUGGCCCAAGUAGGGCCGCUGGAAGCCCUGCUCCCCCAAGGGCGCCCCCCGUCCCUGACUACGUGACCCACCCUGAGCGCUGGACCAGGUACAGCCUGGAAGAGGUGGCCGAGGCCAGCGAGCAGAGCAACCGGGCCGCCGCCCUGGCCUUCCUGGGCCCGCAGAACCUGGCCGCCCCCGGCGACUACGUGCCCUCCUUCAAUCAGGACCCCUCCAGCUGCGGGGAGGGCCGGCUUGUCUUCACCAAGCCUGCCCGAGCCAGCGAGGCUCGGCCCGACAGGAGGCGGGUCCCGAGGAAGGCGGGGGAGCCGGGCAGGAGCGACCCUGGGGUUCCAGGAGCGGCAGGGGGUGAGGGCCCCGUGGAGCUGGCCCACCUGGCCAGGCCCGGGAGCCCCGAAGCCGAGGAGUGGAGCGGACCCCGAGGGGGCCUGCAGGAGGUGGGUACACCUGCGGGCGUGGCCCACACCAGGUCUGGGUCCAGCACCCCGCUGGUGGAGACAGUGGGUUUCCACGGCAGCAGGAAGCGGAGCAGGGACCACUUCCGGGGCAAGGGACCACUUCCGGAGCAAGGGCACAGCCCCGAGGCCCCCGGUGCGGAGGCGUGAGCCAGGAGACCUCCCGGCUGCCUCCCUGGCCUGACUGUGCUGGAAGGCAGGCCACUGCUGCCCCCGGGGCGGCCUCAGGGCUGGAGUGGGCUCAGGGCUCCAGGGCAGUGAGCCGGCCCGCCGGCUGCCUCUAGGUGCCACCAGGGAGCAGAGACUUCACCAGGGUGUGGGCCGGGGGUGGUGGAGGCCCCACCCAUCCUCUGCCCCGGAGACAGUAAAGGCCUUGCGUGUU